CAAAAACCCAUCUCUCCGUUUCUCCCCAACAACUAGAAUUCAUCAUUUGAUUGUUCUGUAGUUUGAUUUUCUUCUAUUAAUUUCAACAUUAACAAUGGAGGAAGAAAAUGAGCUCUCAGCACUCCUCGCCCUAAACCCUGGUCGUGCUAGUAGCAGUGCAAAUCCUUGUCCACUACCAGGCCAAGUUUCCACCGCCAUCACUUUGUGUGAUCCAACUUGGACUUACAACACAAACCAGAGAAAAGCAGAGGAAUUCGACCCUGCUCCUUUCAGAUUUUCCGCAUUCCCUCCUAAUCCGAAACACGAGAAAAUAUCAAGUACGAAUAAUAUGAACAAGGAAUUAAAGAAGAAGAAAAGAAACCAAGUAGUGCCGGAAACUACGCUGAGUCCACAGCCUCAGGAUCACGGGCCUUGGAAAAUCAGGAAGAAGCUGACAGUAAGCGACCUUAGAAGCUGCUCAAGGCUACUAAUGCCGAAAAAACAGGUCAUCGACCAUGUUUUGCAUUACUUGGAUGACACGUUUGCUGAAAGAGUUAAGAGUGGAGAGGGCAUAGAAGUUAUAGUUGAAGACUGCGAUACAAACACCAGGCAUCACUUGACUUUCAAGCUUUGGGGGUCGGCCGAGUGUUACAUUCUCAAUGGAGAUUGGAGACUAGAGUUUGUGCAUAGGAGAGGCUUGGAGGAGAAGGAUAAAAUUGGGCUUUAUUGGGAUACCUCCAAAUCCAUGUUCAUGUUUUCUGUUCUUGAAAGGGCAAGGCAAUCCCAGUUACCUGCUUGAUCAAUUUAGUGUGUCUAGAUUGUUGAGUUUGAUUGAGAUUUCAUGAUUAAUUUCCUGAAUUUGCAAUUGUGAUCAGAAUUGUAACUAGCUAGAUAGUUUAGUUACCUUAUUAAUUCCUCAGUUUGACACAUUUGUUGUAAUAGACUUGUUUAAGUACAAGUGAUUGUC